CCAUUUCAACGCGUUGUCCAGAGCGAUAACUACGAAAAAACUCGAUUCGUCAACAAGCUAACCGAGCCUACAUCUUGCCACGACUGUGUACACACGAAGCCUACAGCUCAAAGCGAUCAUGGCUUGGGUGCCUGCUCAACUACCUUACCUCAAACCGCCCAACCUACUACCGGACCCUCUACCUAUUGGAUCUCGUUUCUUUGAAUCAACAGCCGUGUUUCGGGACGAUACAUCCUAUCACAGGGUGGUUGCGGUCGAGCCUCACUUCACUGUCAAAUACGGACGGGGUGUUAAGGAGAUCGAAGGCCAGGUACUUCUAUUUCUCGAGCACCACCUAGAAGCUUGCCAUGGGUUACCGAAACUGUCACGGUUCAGGAAACUCUACGCAAUGUAUCGUAUAGCAAGUACGGGCCAUGUCUGCCUGAUCAUGCAGCGCAUGCCUGGUGUGUCACUCAAUCAAUUGUGGCCUACCCUCAAGGACUUCGAAAAAUCCGAUAUUUGUACCCAAUUGAACGAAAUUGCUACAUCAAUCCGAAGUAUCCCAGCUCCUUCGCUCUACAGAAGUAUUGACCAAGGCCGGUUCCACCAUUAUCUGUGCUACAGCUCCGAUGCUGACAAAGAAAUAUGUGGUCCAUUCGACUCAAAGACAACUUCGAUGCGGCACUGCUUUAAGGCAGACUUCUAUGAGAAAAAUCUUGGAAGGACAUUAGUUGGUCAUAAGCCGGGCUUAACCGUCAGCCUAGUAGAUUGGGAGGAGGCUGGCUGGUUCCCGGCUUAUUGGGAAUACUUCACUGCCCUGCAAGGUGUACAAUGGGAUGACGACUGGUCCCAGCGUAUCGAAGAUAUUAUGGAACCUUGGGUCAGCGAAGCGGCAGUCAUGAAAAUGGUGCAUCAAGAUCUAAUAUUCUGAGCGAUAAUGUUUUCAUUUGCUGGCUCUUUGAUAUGUCUCAGCUGGCUAAGCUCAGAGCCAUCCAACGGAAUUGUGCUACAGCAAACCGAAUAUAAAAUAAACUAGUAAUACAAGACAUAAUCCAUCCAGA